UCUGGAAAAAUGACGGAAAAGUGGGAAAAUAACGAGGAGAUCAAAAUCUUCAGGGAGUACCUGAGAAUUCCCAGCGUUCAUCCCAAUCCGGAUUAUGUUCCUUGCGUUGACUUCCUGCGCCGUCAGGCUUCAUCCCUCGGGAUGGACUUCAAAGUCUUCUAUCCCGUAAACGAGAAGAAUCCCAUUGUUAUCCUCAGUCUGAAAGGAAGUGAUCCCUCACUGCCGGCUAUCCUCCUAAACAGCCACAUGGACGUCGUUCCCGUUUUCCCAGAGAAAUGGUCACAUCCUCCCUUCUCUGCCCAUCUGGAUUCCGACGGGAAGAUCUUCGCUAGAGGAUCCCAGGACAUGAAAUGCGUAGGGACGCAGUUCCUGGGAGCAUUGAGAGCUCUCAAGAGAGACGGAAUUGUUCUCAAGAGGACAAUUCAUGCAUCCUUCGUGCCAGAUGAGGAAGUUGGACUACUGGGAAUGGCAAGUUUUGUCCAGACUGCAGAUUUCCGCACUCUGAAUGUGGGAUUCGCCCUAGACGAGGGAAUCGCCAGUCCGACAGAAAUCUUUCCCGUAUUCUAUGCAGAAAGAUCAUGUUGGUGUAUCCACUUCAAAUGCUCAGGAACCCCUGGCCAUGGAUCUCUGCUGCACAAGAACACCGCUGGAGAAAAACUCCGCAAGAUCUUGGACAAAAUGAUGGAUUUCCGUGAGAAAGAAGCUCAACGUUUGGAGAAUAAUCCUGAUCUCUUGAUGGGAGACGUUACAACAAUAAAUCUCACAACUAUUUCUGGCGGUGUCCAGUCAAAUAUUGUUCCUCCAAUGCUGAAAAUUGGCUUUGAUAUUCGUUUUGCUGUGGAUGUAAAUCUUAAGGAAUUCGAACAACAGCUUAAGAAUUGGAUUAAAGAGGCUGGAGAUGGGAUUGAAUUAGAAUUUGAGUACAGAGACGUCUUUACGCUUCCGGCAACAAAACUGGAUGAUUCCAAUAUUUACUGGACAGCCUUCAAGGGAGCUAUUGAUGAGCUAAAACUCAAUAUCCACCCGCAAGUCUUCCCUGCCCAAACAGACAGUCGGUACUUGAGACAGAUGGGCAUUCCUGCAAUUGGAUUCUCACCUAUGAACAAUACUCCGGUGCUCCUACACGAUCACGAUGAAUUCCUCCAAGCAGACGUUUAUCUUCGGGGCAUCGAUAUCUUCAAGAAGAUUAUUGAUAGGGUAGCAAAUUGCUGA